UAUCUCCACCUCCCCGUGAUAAUAUGUAACCGCAUCCACGCCACCGCGAAUCUCGCACCCCAUAUAGCACCAAGAACAAGAACAAGAAAGCCAAGCGAUCAAAGCAGACUCCCAAGGAAGCAGAUCGAUCGAGCGCGUGGCGUGACGCUCCGCUCAUGGGGAAGGCCUACCACAAGAAGCUGGGCGUGAACAAGGCGGCCACCGCCGGCGGGAAGGGCCAGGCCACACGUGGCGGGAGCGGUAAGCGCUCGGGAGGAGGCAUAGCCGGAGUUGGCGUGGGCGGUGCCGGCCCGACAGAAGGCGCGAAGCGAGCAGGUGGUGCUGGCGGUGGGGGUUGGGGAGGCGCGUCGGCAUUCUUUUCCACCGGCCAUAGCACCUUCCAGACGGCAGUGGCUGCCACCAAUGAGUACUACGACCAGGAGGAGAACGACUGUUCGUCCGAGGAAGACUGCCCAACAUUCACUCCCGCCAGCCAUAGCACAUUCCAGACGGCUGUUCAUUCCACGAAUGAGUACUAUGAUGAUGAGGAGAACGACUGUUCGUCCCCAUUCGCUCCAGCAGACCAUAGCACCUUUGAAACGGCCGUGGAGACCAUGAAUGAGCACUACGAUGACGAGGAGAACGAGGAAGAGGGCGUGCAGGAUGCUGAGCUUGUGUCUGAUGCAAACGGCGAUCGAGGGUGACCACGACAGUGGCGGGGGUGGUGAUGACGACAAUGCCGGGGCUGGGAGUGGUGAUGACCUCUUCGACGGUGAUGACUACUACGGCGACGACAUUGCCGGGGGUUUUGACGAUGGCUACGAUCCAGGUGAUGCUGGGGAUGGAGGUGAUGACUGGUGGUAAUGAUCGAGGACCGAGGAACUUGACUACUUAGGGCAUCUAUAAAGCCUUGUUGUCAAGAUGAAGUCUCUCUAUCGGGUCUGCUAGUUCUUAUGUUGUAAUAUUAGAUUCAGUUGUGAGCUUGCUUCUAGCUUAGCUUUUGCGUGUGUAUGGGUUCCCCACCAGCAGAUUUGGAGUCGUUAUACCCAGUUAUACCACUCUUGUGUAUGAUAACCUAGGUAAAUCAGUCUUCAGUAUGGGGGAUCUUAACAAUAUCUUCCUGAACCCUUGUGAUAGAGACCGCUGAUGUAAAUUAUAUCUGCUGUAUAUGACCUGUUCGAUUUGGGGUUCUGUUCCGGCUUACGCUUGGCCUAACAAAGAUUUUCC